UCACCUUCCAUUUUUCAUCAAGGCUGCCUCAUCCUCUGGAAUGAAAUUGGACAGGAGAUCUGCAACACGCCGUUUCUGGGAAAUAACUCAUUAACGUUAGCUAGCUACGUUAUCUAACUAGAUAAAUACUUGGUUAGCUAAUAUGAAACAGUGCAAAUUACAAACUUUACCAUAUAGCUAGCUAAAGUAACGUUUGAAUCAGUUACGUAUGGUCACAAGCUGCUCCAUGCGUCCAAACUGAUUUAUGUAAGCAACUAGUAAGAUGGCUUACCUUGAGGAUAUUCAAUUGACUCUGAUCAUUGCCAUCUCUUUUAAACGACAUUUAGGUUUAGCUAAAUAUAUUUGGUAGUUGAAGGUCUUUAUUUGCUAAUAGUUAGCUACUCCAAACAUCUUCAAAACCGUUUGUAAUUUAGCUACUUCCUGCUUUCAGCGAGGAAUUGUGGGAGUUGGUCAUACCACGGCAGCCAUGGAAACUGACAGCUGCCUGAAUAAAUCUUUAUGGUAAGUUUUUGUUUAGAAGCGAACUAGUCGACGGGAUAAGGUAAACUAGCUACAUGCACUUUAGCACUCAUGUUAUUAGCUAGCACCUCCCUACAAUAACGAUUAUACGGGUUUUCUAGUUGUAUACUCGCAUGGUAGGCGAUUUAGCUAGCUGGCAAACUAUUGCUAGGUAGCUUACCAGUUACAAGCUCCACCAUGUUCCACGGAGAACGGGCUCCUCUUUCAACCAGUGGAGACGGUCUAGUCCCAGUUAACCGCACGAGGUCAUACGGCAGUCUUGUACAAUCCAACCUUUCUCCGGUACGACAAAGACGAAUUGAACACCUAGUUCAACCAGGAGAGACGCUGCAAGGACUCGCGUUGAAAUAUGGAGUAUCCAUGGAACAAAUCAAAAGAGCAAAUAGACUGUACACGAAUGACUCGAUAUUCAUAAAGAAGUCUCUUUCUAUCCCUGUACUGUCAGACUACAACAGUGAUGCUAAUAGUGGGGUAGAUGUGACUGAGGGGGACUCAGGCCAGGUACAGGACAGUUCAAGUAAAGAAGGCUCUACUCAAAAUGGGAAGCCAGUGAACAACUCUGAAAAGACACAAGAAGGCAUAUCAGAACUUUCUCCAAUUAAUUUCUUAAAAAGGAUGGAUCGUAUGAUCAGCCAGUCCAAGCAAGCUGUGAAAAGAUGCCAAGAGGGAGAAAAACGAUUGACAUCUUUGGAAGCUUGUACCACCAGCAAGACAACAGACCGUCGAUUUACAAGGUCAAACAGUGCCACGGUCGUCACCUCUCCCAGAAUGCAUCAGCAAGCCAUACUUGGUGCAUUGCCCCUCACCAUCACCAAAUGCACCAAGAAACUGAGAGAAAGAGAGGAUGAGAUCUUUGAGUUGUGAUUUCAUUGCCUCUGUCAGGCAGAUCAUGGGACACAUGUACUAAUGCAUAAAUCAAAGGGAUUGGCUACCAAGCUAAUCUGGCAAUACAGAUUUAGGAGAGUUCUUAUUUUCACUAACGAGUAACCUGCUGCUCUAUGGACUUGGUACUUGAAAGUUGGUCGUUAGCACUGUUGAUAUAAUUGUUUUGCUGGGAGGAUGAGUUUCAUUUUGGCAAUACACUACUGGUCAAAAGUUUUAGAACACCUACUCAUUCAAUGGUUUUCUUUAUUUUUACUAUUUUCUCCAUUUGUAGUGAAGACAUCAAAAUUAUGAAAUAAAACAUGGAAUCAUGUAGUAAA